AUCAGCUGUUUUUCGGAUUACGGUUUACAAAUUAUUAGUUUCGAUGGUUUAGCAAAAUAUAACAACAAAUAGCACGAAGCAAAGUUUCCACAUAUUCUUAAUGCGAAAUCUCAUGCCAUAUUUCCAUUAAUUAACGGAAUUGGUGCUCCUGAAAUGUUUAGUACUUUGCAUUCUAGUGGUUUGACAGGCAUUUUUUUAAAACAAUCAACAACACUACGAGGACUUGCCUCGAAAACAAAUAAAUUGAAGAGGAAAAAACAUAACUCGAUAUUAACGAGAGGAAUGUAUCGCUAUUGGGAACCUACAUAUAAUCGAAUGGAAUUGUCCCAACCGCGUGAUGCCAACAAGGCGCCAAAUCAAUUCAGGCUAGUGUCGUACAACAUAUUGGCUCAAGAUCUUCUCGUAGAGCACUUGCAACUUUACCAAGGCAUUCACAGUAAAUUGCUUCAUUGGGAGCAUCGUCUGGAAAAAUUGAAAUCGGAAUUGGAGAUAUUGCAACCGGAUAUAUUGUGUCUACAAGAGAUGCAAUACAAUCAUUUGAAAAGUUUUGUUCAAGAAUUGUCCCACAAGCGUAAGGUUGAAUAUAUAUAUAAAAAGAAAACAGGUAGACGUACGGAUGGAUGCGCGAUCAUUUAUGAUAGUAACAAAUUCAAAUUAGAUGACGAUCAAUGUGUGGAAUAUUAUACUAAUGACGUAGCCACACUGAAUCGUGAGAAUGUCGCUAUAAUGGCUAAAUUUCAGGUACGAAACGACCCAACAACGGAAUUCAUUGUGGCAACUACUCAUUUGCUUUACAAUCCAAGACGUGAAGAUGUACGUAUUUCACAGGUUGGGGUAUUGUUACGAGCGCUGGCUUCUUUUGCAAUCCGGACUAAACAUUCUCGCUUACCCACAAUUUUAGCGGGAGACUUCAACUUUACACCUAAUACCGACGCUUAUAAAUUCUUAGUGGCCCAACGUAAAUUCAAUGAAUACCUUUUUCAAAUGGAAAGUAUUGAUUUUGGAAGUGAAGCGGUCUCAACGUUCCAAGAUGAGUGGGUUACCGUUGAUUACAUAUUAAAAUCGAUCGCGGAAGACAAAGAAAAAUCGAUAACAAUAGAAAGCACCUAUAAACUGCCGACAGCCGAAUCGUGUAUGAACAUCGGAAAAAUACCAAACACCUUUCUCGGUUCCGACCAUUUUUCGUUAGCGAUUUCGUUUUCAAUACGUUAGAAAUAUAGAAAUAAUAGUAAAGUGCAUUUGCCAGUCUUCGUUUUAACAAAUACAACACAACAC